AUGGGUUCUAGUCAUGGAAAAUCUUCAACUAUCAGGGAUCGAUCAGUUGAAGGAACGGUAUCCUCAGUUGUAGUUGAGACAUUUGUGGCAGAAGAGAAGGAAGAAAUCCUUCACACCAGGAGAUGGAAACUGAAUCCAAGACUCAGCAGAGGAGUACCAAAAGGCAUAGAAGGUGAACUAGUUGUUGCUGGAUGGCCUAACUGGCUUGUUUCAGUUGCAGGUGAUACUUUAAAUGGAUGGCUUCCAAGAAGAGCUGAUACAUUUGAGAAACUAGAUAAAAUUGGUCAGGGAACUUACAGUAAUGUCUACAAGGGUCGCGAUCUUUUGCUCAAUAAGGUUGUUGCUCUGAAGAAAGUUCGCUUUGACAAUCUUGAUCCUGAGAGUGUCAAGUUUAUGGCAAGAGAGAUCAUUCUAUUGAGAAGGCUUGGUGAUCACCCGAAUGUUAUCAAAUUGGAAGGUGUAGUCACCUCAAAAAUGUCCUGUAGUUUGUACCUUGUUUUUGAUUGCAUGGAAUAUGAUCUCAACGCAAUUCAAGAACAAGAAGGUGUCAAAUUUUCUGAACCUGAAAUCAAAUGUUACAUGAACCAGCUGCUUAAAGGGCUUGAUCACUGCCAUAGCCGUGGUAUCUUGCAUCGAGAUGUAAAGACUUCUAACCUGUUAGUUAAUAAAGAUGGUAUCUUGAAAAUUGCAGAUUUUGGGCUGUCAACAUUUUUUGAUCCAGAACAAAGCAUCCCCUUAACUAGCCGGAUUGUAACUCUCUUCUAUAGGCCACCGGAACUUUUGCUUGGAUCAAAUUAUUAUGGAGUUGGAGUUGAUUUAUGGGGUGUUGGUUGUGUACUUGGUGAACUAUUUACUGGCAAGCCUAUUAUGCCUGGUAGAACUGAAGUUGAGCAACUGCAUAAAAUCUUCAAGCUCUGUGGUUCUCCAUCUGAUGAUUUUUGGCAAAAAAUUAAAUUGCCCAAUGCAGAGAUGUUGAAGCCAAUAGAGCCUUAUAGACGGAUUCUUCACACGACCUUUCAUGAUCUUCCUGCAGCUGCUGUAGGACUAAUGGACACCUUACUUUCCAUAAGAGCUGAAUAUAGAGGGACUGCAGCUCUUGCUCUUCAGAAUGAGUUUUUCACAACAGAACCAUUUGCUUGUGAUCCCUCAAGUUUGCCACAAUGCCCCCCCAGCAAAGAGAUCAAUGCAAAAAAGACUGAAAUUGAGGGGAGUAGGGUCCGGAGUUAUGCACGAGAUAAAAGUGUAAGGGCAGUUCCAGCACCUGAAGCUAAUGCAGAAUUAAAGAGUAACAUAGACAGAAGACAACUCAUUGCCCAUUCAGAAACCUGGAAUAGGCUUGAAAAAACAAAUGAAUAUGUCUCAGGAGGUGUUAUAAAUGAAGGAACAAACUCUUCUACAUUUUUUCAGGUGUCCAGCAGAAAAGAGGGCUCAGAGAAUUAUACUCAGAGAGAGAUAAGGAAAGAACCAAUUCAUGAUAUCAAAGGAAAGAAAAAGUGGUCAGGUCCAUUACCUGUUCCAUCAGAUAAAAUGCAUGAAUCAGAUGGCCUUGACUUGGUGGAAGACGAUCAAUAUUUUGGUCCACUUCCAUCUGCAUCAAAACCAAUCGAUGUGGAUAGAAUAAUUAGAGAGCAUGACCGACAGAUCCAAGAAUCUGUUGAACGUGCCAAGCAACAGAAGAAACUAGCUAAAGCUCGGUAUUGA